AUGGAGGAAGAAAAGCAGAAAGAAUUAAUCUGGCAGGCAAGGCUUGCCCAGAAGUGUCAAAGAUAUGAAGAUAUGGAAAUGUAUAUCAUCCAAUCUAUAGAAUCUGAGAUGACAGAGAGCACCGAUAUUGAAUCAGCCAAAGAAUUAUCGGAAGAACAAAGGGAACUACUUGCUAUUGCUUUGAAAAAUCCCAUUGGAAAUGCAAAAUAAAGAGCUAAGAAUUAUCGAUGCAAUUAGAAGUGACCCAAAAUUUAACUUUUAUGAAAAAGAGUUGUCAAAAUUUAGAGCUAAAGUUGCUGCAGAGUUCAUUGACAAAUGUAAACAUGGGAUUGAAGUCAUUAAAAAGUACCUUCCUUUCCCAUUCCAAGAUGUUGCUAGAACCAGAAUGGUGUAUCUUAGCACAGAAAAGAUGGAAUCUAGAGUAUUUAUCUAUAAAACUCUGGGAGAUUUUAACCGACAUCUUUGAGGUGUAGCAAUAGGAGAUAGCAAGGUUCAGGCUGCCAAAAAAUCAAUCAAUGCCUAUGAAAUAGCAAGGAAAAUAGGUUCUCAACUUGGAAAGUCGCAUCCUUACAUCAUGUCUCUCAAACUCAACCUUGCAAUCUAUGUUAACGAAAUUUUUAAAGAUAAGAAAAGAUCAAUUGAAGUUGCCAGUAAUGCCUAUGAUGAUGCUCUGAGAGAUCUAAUGUCUGCUAAUAAAUAUAAUCAGAUUCAAGAAACUUACUAUGAAGAAAUAUCUCAUAUUUUGUCACUGCUAAAAGAGCAUAUCAUUUCUUGGAAACAGCAACUUGAAAUUGAGCACACCAAUGAAAAGGAGUCUUACUCUGAUUAA